GGAUUGCAUUGAAUUGAAAACGUGAUGCAUGCUAAAUAACAGUGCAACGGAUGAAUCGUGUUCUACGAGCAUAAAAUGCCCGCUGCUUCGUCAAAACCCGCGCCCCAAACCACCCCUUUGGAGGGGCAAGACACUGUCAAACAACUUGUCGGGGUGAUCGACAAGAAGAUCAGGAAUCUAGAGAAGAGAAAGACCAAACUAGAUGGCUACCGUGAGAUGGUAACGAAUGGAAAGGGUCUAAAUAAGGACCAGGAGGAAGCUGUUUCACACUUUGAGGAAGUUGGUGCGUCGCUGGAGUUUGCUAAAGAACUCUCCAAGCAGUUCACCACCAUCCUCAAUGAGGCAACCAAGGCGCAGAAAAGGGAAGCAAAAAGAGAGAAACAGCAGAAACAUGAGCAAGAACUUGGAAGGAUAUCGGAUGUUCUCUUACUGCAGGAUGUACUCUUCAAUAUGGGCCAACCUCAUAUUAGGGCGGAUUUCCUUGCAGGGACAAACGGAGCCUUGAGUCUACAAGAAGAAGAGCUGGAUCAUCUAGAUGAGUUCUACAAACUGGUUAAUAUUUCAAGAGAAUCAGAAGAAGAAGAUGUCGAGGAGGAAAAUCUAAGCUUUGAUAAGAAGCUAGAGUUGGCAACGAGUCAUCUAAACAGCUACGUGAAAGAGGAUGAGAAGGAGGUCUGUCAAACGACAUACAAAGAACUGUUCCACUUAGUCCAGAGAAUCCACAAAUGUAAUUACCUGGACAACAUCCCUGCUCCUCCUGAGGAACCUGAACCUGUUGCAGAAGAGCCUGCUCCUGCAACGGCUCCAGCUCCGGCUCCUGUACCAGCCUAUGAGGCUCAGGAGGAGGAGGAAGAGACGUAUGAGGAGACUUACCAGGAGAACCCUCAAGAGUUUGUUGAGUCCUUGAAUGAGGCUCCGUCAGAGAGUUUCUUUACUGGGGUAACAUCAGAGCAGAUGCAACAGCCUCCUAGCAUGCAGUCAACACAAAGUGAAAUUCCUCCGAUGCAGAGUUUGUCAUCAGAGCCUCAGCAGCACCAACAGCAGCAAACGCUCAAUGAGAUGGCAGCACCAUCCAGAGUUCAUGACCUUCCCCAAGCACCAGAACCAAUUGAGAUGCCUCCACCUAAACAGACAACGCAUCAUGAUGUCAACGAGGUGCUGGCCCCCGUCCUGGGAAACUUUAACUUUGUCCAAGACUCCAUGCUUGAUUACGAUUCGCCACACAUGGAUCCUGCGGUGGUAGCAGUUUCACAACAACCGUUUAUCCCUUCAGCAACAUUCACAAAUAAUGUACAGUCAUCAACAAAUACACAAGACCUGUCACAAACGGAACAGGCUACACAAUCCAGAGACCACCAAACGUUAGCGGACUCCCUCGCUGCGGCACAACAACAACAGAUGCCCUCUGAGCAGACGUACCAGCAGCAGUCUAGAUACGACAGCUCCCAACAGACAUACAGCUCUCAAUCUAUUACCGACCAAACACCUUACGCUAGCCAAACGUUGGAUGCGGGUAGUACGGGGUAUGGUGGCCAGACGGAUCUGUCGAGUACGAGCAGUGCGCAGGUUGAUUAUGGAUCGUCGCAGACAUCGUCGACGGGUACCAAGAUGAAUGAACUCCCUGAGUUUCCAAGUCCACCCGUUGAUACACAACAGGAUCAGUCAGUGUUACAAACCAGUAUGUUGAAUCAACAGAACCUUACCCACUCUUCAUCACAGUACAGUGAAAGCUACUCACCCUCAUUAGGUUCGAGCCAGCUUGGGAAUGAUGGCGUUCCAUCUUCAUCCAGUCCUCUCACCAUCACUGAUCCCUCACAGGCUUCUAUCCCACUCCCUGGGGAACAAACAUCGGAUGUACAACAGGGAUCCAUUCCACCUAAGUCCACAAUGAAUGCCAGCGCCCCACCCUUCCAGAUGACCAACACUAUGCGAUCAUCCCCUCAGAUGCAGUCCACCCCCACAGGUCAAGUGGGACAGCCCCAAGAUAUGAGUGCUUACACUGGGAUGGAUCAGAGCCAGGACUUCAACCAUUCUGGAGGGAGGGAUGUUGAUAGGACGCAUUCACCCUCACAGGAUAUGAAAAUGGAUCACCAUCAGCAAUCAUCAGAUGGACAUGGUAACUCAUAUGGCAGCGGCUACCAGGGAUACUACAAGAAUGGACGCGGUGGCAAGCCUCGAGGAGGAGGGGGGAACCCUAACUUCCGUGGAAGCAGGGGAAAUGCUCCUUUUAUCAGGGGUGGAACCCGCUACACUGCACCCCAAUCUAGAGGAGGUCAAAUGAAUUUCAAUACGUUUGGUCAUCGUGAUGCCUUUGCACCUCGAGGACCUGAUAUGAGUUACAACCCACAAGCUCGUUAUGGUAGCUUCAGUCAAGUUCAACAAGAACAGAACUAUUACAAUCGACGUGGAGGCAUGCCAAGAGGGGGACCUAGAGGUGGUGGUCGUGGUGCCCAGGGAGGUCCCCGUAAUCAAGUCCCAUACCGAGGAGGAAGGGGAAGCUUUGGGAAACCAAGUCAGGUGACCGUUUAACCUUUGACCUCUCAGCAAGAUGAGGAGGAGGAGGAGGAAGAAAGGAGAAACCAAGAAACGCUACUCUGCAGUGGAGCCAAUACAGUUUAGUUUUACAUCGAUUCUUCGCAUCUCAUGUUUCUUUUUUAAUUUCAGUUCUUUUUCAUUUUUUAUUACAAAAAUUGAUAUCCUUACUGGUACAUGAAUCUCUAUUAUUUACCCGUCUAAGCUUAUGAGAUUAUAUUUAUUUUCUACAUUGCGUUGUAAUUAUUUUACACUUUUGCAAUCAUGAAGGCUUUAGUAUGGCUGCACUGCAGAGGAAUUUGAAAAAUAAAACUUGAAAAAAAAUUGUAAAAGCUUGAAAAAUGUCGUUAUAAAAAAGAGGUGUGGUUUGGAGUUGCCAAUUUGACGAAGCAUGGCAGCUAAGGAUCCACUGUGUACGAGUGUAAUAAUGAGGAGGGGUUAUUUCUGUGAAUCAAUUUCUUUUUUUUUAGUUAUUGUUUCUGUUAGGUAUUAUAAGAUAAUAUAUAAUCAAAAUUGCAUAUGUAUGAGCAUGUACAGUAUAGUCCUUCUCCAUCUGCGAUGAUUUUACAUACCAACUUUAUAACCUGUCACUAUACCUAAGCGUAUCGGCACAUCCCCAAAUAGCAUAUUUAGAUACUGCUGGAUUUCCUUUUGUUAGGGGAAAGAAGCAUGCGUACGUGCUUGUUUUUCCUGAGAUUGCUAAUCCCUUGCAUUUAUAUCUGGUCAUUUAUUUUUCAAGUUAUUCUAAUGCAAUUGCCAUUAUAGAGAUACAUUGGCCUUAAAUCACAUUGGUUGUUUCAUUUGUACUAUUGUACAAUACCAUGGUCAAUCUAGAUUUCUCAUACAUAAUUAUGCUUAUAAUCAUUGUGUUACCAAGAAAAGUCUGAUCAUAAAUUUUUGUAUUUGGCAGACAGCGCAAAAUUCAUAUUGAAUGAUGCACAAUGAAACAAGUUAUCUGCAUUAUCCAUUGAAACCACUUUCGUGAUUUCUGGCAGUAUGGUUUCAAAACAAUGUAAUUGAUGCAUAGUUGGGUUUUUUUUUUGGGGGGGGGGGUAUGUUGAAACUAGCAUUGAAUCAGAAGCACAUUGCAGGCAAUACUAAAGUUGAUCUUUGUUCAGGCAAACAUGAAGCCAUCUUUUUAGAAUAGCAGCCAAUCUGAUCCACAUUGAGCCAUAUUCAUCAUUGAAUUCUGCAAUUGACUUUUAAAAACAGAAAAAAAAGAAGGAAAGACAUUUGAGUAUGAUCGUAUGGAAAAUUAUAUACAGAGCUCCGUGCAUUAACAAAUAGGCUUGAGAUAAUAUGUUGUAUAAGUCCACAGUAAGGAUCCUUACAGGAUGUAUUGCACUUGAAACUUGUGGUCAGAAAUAUAGGUAGAAUAUUUUAUUUUUUUCCAAUGAAGUAAAACUCUCACAAUAUCAAAAUCAAUGAUGUAGAAACUGUCCUGAAUAUUUAGAAAUGGUAGAUAUGAUUUCAAUUGAAAAGGUUCUAUUUCAUAGUGUUUGAAAGACAUCUUUGGUUGUUGGAUUGUACAAUUUGGAUAGUAUUCGGUAAAACCAUAUGAAAAUAACUUCUCUGUUUGAAAGCAAUCAGAACCCUGGCCAAAUUUAAUCAUAUAGUACAUUUUAUUGGAAUUAAAUAAAUUUUGACAUUUAUGUGGGCACUUUUUGGUUGCUUUCUAUUCCACUUCUAUGCUUAUGUGUGUGAUUUAGUUUGGUCCAUCUGUGAGUUAGUAUAUCAUUAUCAACAGGCUCCUGAGGAAAUGGUAGAAGCUAUUGCCCAAGUAACCUUGAAAGUGUGAUAUUUUUGUUAUAUUGCCUUAUCCCAGAUAUUGUCAUGUACAUGACAUACACAUUAAUGUUCUGCUUUAAAUGACCAUGGUAAUGACUGAUUAUACUUGUAAUUCUUACAUUAUACAUUGUACACUAAUGCAGAUUGUAAUAUCAGUGUUGUGUUGCUAUGUCAGAAAAAAAAUCAGGCAAUGUCAUGGCCAUCUGAUUACUUAUUUUUGUUGGUUCUUAUCAUGCAUGAAAUGCAAACCGAAGGCACGUAGAUUUUGGGAGUUUUAGGUAAGGAUGUUGAAAUAUUGGACUGUGAUGUAAUAACAUCAUUCAAGGCACUGCGCAUUCAUCGCAUUACAUUCUCCUCUUUUUCCACUGUCAUAAUUGAGAUUUUGAAAACCAUACUUCUCGCGUCAUGAGGGAUGACAUGGACUUGUGUUCACUGUUUUACAUACAUUCAGUCAUCAUGAGCCAACUCUGCAGCUAUGUAUGUUAGAUGUGAUCCUUAAAGGUUUUUAAAGGAAGUCAAUGGUGCCACUCAACUAGAUUGACACACAGUUUGCAUGAGAGUUUCUGACAUGGUAACAAAUCCAAACAAUAGGUAACUACCAUGGUAACGAUGCUAAACAAUAGGUAACUACCAUGGUAACGAUGCCAAACAAUAGGUAACUACCAUGGUAACGAUGCCAAACAAUAGGUAACUACCAUGGUAACGAUGCAAAACAAUAGGUAACUACCAUGGUAACGAUGCUAAAUGACCAAUCGAAAUCAGGAAUUCAGUGUAAAAUUAACCGUUGGUUGGCAAAGUUAUCUUAAUAGUUGACGGUGAUGCAGGUGUUGUCUUGUCAAUAAAAAAAUCCUUAUUGGCAUUGUAGCGAAUCUUUGGUUUAUUAGAAUACAUAGAUUUGCAAGUAUUGCUAUUAGUAUGACAUCUUGGACGAUUGAUACUGAUUUAUAUCAAUAUGCCAUUUCAUUAAGCUGUAUGACUUUAAGAAUGACCGGGGCCCCGUAACACAAAGGUCAGCAAUUAAUCACUAAUUUGAAAUAACAAUUCUGAUUGGUUCCUCAUCAGUCUUAAGAGCAGAAUAUGCAUGCAACGAUAAUGCUGAUAGGCCAUUUUCAUUUAGCGUUUAAUUACCUUUGUGUUGCGGGCCCUGGUGGGCGUUUCGUAAAGCUGUUCAUGAGAUAAGAAUGACUUUACUCAUGACUGGUGAACCUUUCUUGUGCUAAAUGAUAUCCCUGUAUAAUUGAAAAUAUGACCUAAGAACAUGUUCCAGUUGUGCGUAACUUUACAAACAGCUUUGUGACAUGCCCACUUGUUUCCCUUUGUAGCUAGCUGACUUGGCAUCCAAAACAUGUUUGAGUUUUGUAUAAAGAUGGACAUGACCUAGAACUGCCUUGUGAAACACCAUUCAGUGUGCUUGGGAUAAUGACAAGAAUCUUAUGUAUUUCUUUGAAUAUCACAAAUUGUAAUGAAAUUUUUAGCAAAGUAUAACUUUACAUGAAAUUUUUCUUUCUUGGUAGUAAUUGACAUACACAGAAAUUGCAGCAGUUUAUAGUUUAGUCAACAGUUGAAGUCUGACUUUGUAUUGGAUAGAAAGCUAAAUCAUAACCUCUGUAGAUAUGCAUGGUCUGGUGGGGCCCUGUUUCACAAUCAGUCAUUCAUGCAUAUCUCAUCGAAUCAUGUAUUAAUCUUAAACACACUAGGUUGUCAUAGACAGUGAUGAUGAUUUUGUGAAAUGAACCCCUUUACUGCAUUGUUCAAAAAAUAUUUUGUUAUGCUUCUAUUAGAGCAUGAAAAAAUGAACCAGUUCAAAACUGUAAUCCAAUUUAUUUGCUUCUAUCCUAUUUCUAUUGUAUACCAAGUAUAUUUUGUUGACUUCACCCGCAAGAAAGUCCUUGGCAUAAUGACCUUCUUGCGGUAAGUCAAUGGUUUGGUGUGUUAACUGCUUGUGAAGAUUCCUAUUUUGUGUUCUUUUGUUACGGAUAGCUCAAAAUUUUGCCUUAAUUGUGUAAUUGUGAUUGGAAGAUUUGCAUAAAGAGUUGGUGCACAUGGUUUUAGUUGGUUUGUAUAACUUCAUAUUCUGUACCAUGCAGUCAUGCAAUAAAAAAAAUCUCUUCAAAUA